UUGGGUUUCCAUGGAUGAGUGCAGCUUCUGUCAUCAGAAAGGCCAUUGGAAACAUGCAUGUCCUAAACUUUUGCAGCCCAAGGGUCGUUCAUCUGGUUCACCAUUCGCUAAGCCGACAUAUUCAGGAUCUCGCUCAUCUGCCGCCUUUUCUGCACCAGUUUCUGAGAAUGAUCCAUCUUCCAAUAUGCAGUCUAUGUUUGAGCAGUUCAAGUCUUUCAUGGUGGCCAAUCCAAAUCUUUCGUCCCAAGCCUCCACUAUGACUACCACUCAGUUCGGUUUGUCUGGUUCAUCCUCUUCAGGACCAGGUAUCCAAGAGGCAGAUUGGGAUCGGGCGUAGAGUUGGAGAACUAUAUAUCUUGGACAGCUUACAUGUUCCUCUAGAAGUGUCUUCUACUGCAUUGUCUUCUUUUUGUUUAAAUAAUAAGUCCUCUUUGUUUUAUAUUUGGCAUUCUAGGUUAGGUCAUCUGUCGAGUGAUCGGUUGAAGAUGUUAGUUAGGUCUGGACAUUUAGGCAAUUUUUCCAUUAGUGAUAUUUCUGAGUGUCGUGGUUGUAAACUGGCUAAAAUGUCUGCUCUUCCUUUUAAUAAAAGUAGUUCUAUUUCAUCUUC